AUGCAUCCCUUCCAUCACGGUCGGCUGCGAGCUGUCUUCCGAGGACGCCUCAUGAAAUCGAAAAAUUAUCGACUGAGCAUGGGAUCGCUCUUCCACUCGGUGACACUUCAACCUGAUGAGACCAUCACCAUCACCAAAUAUCAGGCCAAGCGUUCACAGAAAAUAGAGAACUAUGCAAUCGCAUACCGUUAUGUUUUGCAAGUGCCGGACGGUUUGGCCUACUAUCCAGUGGAGAUAACCUUCAUGAAUCGUUUGGUAUGGGCCUUCAACUGGAGCUACCUGGACAACCUUGUUGCAACUCAAGGAGUGAAUGAGUCUUACGAAAUUGUUUCAGUAAGUUGA